AUGGCAGACCUUAUUCCUACAUUUUCAGACUUAAGUCUUUACGACAAGCCUGAGUCUCAAGCUUCCAGGUAUCAAAACUUGGUGCAUGAAUACAAAGACGUGUUUCAGGGGGCUCCAGAGUUCAUUGCUAGAGCCCCAGGAAGAGUUAAUCUUAUCGGUGAUCACGUAGAUUACUGUUAUUUCUCUGUUUUGCCAAUGGCCAUAGAAUAUGACGUGAUUGAAGCAAUUGGGAAAUCCAGUGAUUCAAAAGGUCAUUUCAUUCAUCUUGCCAAUACUGAUAAGCGCUUUACCCCUGAAACAAUUGAAUUGCCCAAAGAUGGCUCUAUUAUAGUUAUUGACAAGGAAUCACAUUCAUGGACGAAUUACUACAGAUGCUCAUUGAUAGUGGCUCAGAAAUAUCUUUGGGAGCGGUUUCCAAGCACCAAAGGCCAAUGCUUAAAGAGUAUAAAUGUUGUUAUUGAUGGAACAGUUCCAACUGGAGGGGGACUAUCAUCUUCGGCUGCUCUUUGUGUGGCUUCAACGCUAGGAAUAUUGAAAGCAAAUGGCGUGGAAAACAUUACAAAGAAGGAUUUGACUCGCAUCACUGUUGUUUCUGAGCACUACGUGGGAUUAAAUAACGGAGGAAUGGAUCAAUGUGCUUCUGUCUGUGGUGAAAAAGGCAAGGUUCUUUUCAUAGAGUUUCAACCAGAAUUGAGAGCAACUCCUUACUCAAUCCCUGAGAUCCAUCCUCCACUUAAGCCAUUAUCAUUUUUAAUUACCAAUACACUUGUUGAAUCGAACAAAAAUGAAUCUGCACCUGUCAAUUACAACCUCAGAGUGGUUGAAAUGGCAAUCGGUGCAGAAUUUUUGGCACGCCUCAAUGGUAUUACUUUGCCAAAAAAUUCAAAUCUUAAUACGGGUACAUUGAGGGGGUUUAUGGAUACCUAUUUUGUUGAAAAGAGGCAUCUUUCUAGGUGGAAUGGCAGAGACAUUAGACUGGGAAUACAGCGUUUGCAAGAAUUAUCUCAAAAGAUUGAAACAUGGUUCACUGAUUCUCAAAAAAUAGGCUUCACUACAGAAGAGGCGGCCGACAGACUUGGAUUAUCAAAGGAUGAGUUCACUGAAAAGUAUUUGACGACAUUCCCUGUUAAAUACGAGAAAUUGAAGAUUUAUCAAAGAACAAAGCAUGUUUUUGAUGAGGCUAGACGUGUUCUUGAAACUCUACGCUUAUUCACUGAUUCUAAUGCCUCGGAAAAUUCCUCAAACUUUCUUAAACGUUUUGGAGAAAUUAUGGAUCAGUCCCAGCUUUCUUUAAAGACUCUUCUAAUGAACUCGACCGAUGAAUGCGAUGAACUUUGCAGAAUAGCAAGAAAAAAUGGGUCAUUAGGAUCAAGAAUUACUGGUGCAGGUUGGGGUGGUUCUUUGGUUCAUUUCACGACUGAGGACAAAUUGGAUGGGCUCAUUAAUGCUUUAGUAGAGCAAUAUUAUAAGAAGCAUUUUCCAAACAUUACUGAAGAAGAGAUAUCGCAUGCAGUUGUAGUUACGAAGCCCGCAGUUGGAAGUUGUAUUGUGAAUCAGAUUGAAUUUUAA